AAUGUGUCUUGCAGCUCGCUAAACAUGAGAUUCGCGGUUGUUUCCGCACCUUUGCAAUUUGCAUUGCUUGAGAUUCGGAGCCAGCCAGUCUUUCGAAAGGACCAAUGCCGAUGAAGGAACGGUCGCCCGUCACACGAGAAGUGCCAUCAUGCGGCUAUGGCGCACUGAUCCGCUCCAAUGGUUCUUUUGACGCUACAUUUUCAUCGCUUAUUUAACUACCUACUGUACGGAGAUGUCUAUGAUUGUUACCUGCCGCUAGGCACGACUCCGCCACCCCCUCCGAUUUUGCUAUCGGCCUUAAUCAAGACACCGAAAAUACGAGCUCCGUACUCAAUUUUUGGGCCCAAAAUUCAUCUCCAUUUUGAGCUUCUUGAUCUUUCUCAUGAUUUUGGACCUUCGUGGCAGAGAUACGAGAAAAUCUCAUUGCAUCGGAUCGAUGUCAAAUGUUGAAUUGCCAGCUUUUUUAACUCUUCGAGAUCGGUCGGCUGUUCCGUUUCAAAUCAAGUCUGUUAACUUGACACCGUGUGCAACAUAAUGACAGCAUUGGAGCCCAUCAAGUCAUCUGAAAGCCAAAUACUGCCAAGCUCAGAACGAAAAAGUCAUCAGCACCGCCUAGAGAGUGACCUUCAGAGACGUCUCGACUCGCUGUCCAUGUCCAGAAGAAGAGGCUCUCGGUUUAGAUUCAUCACCCUUUCUUCAGUGGUGAUUGCAUUCCUUUCCAUCAUAUUCUUGUAAGUAUCAGUCAUAUUGUUCCUUUGCCGACGUUAUGAACUUGGGCUGUUGAGCAAGCACUAUAUAAAACUCGAAAAUAUUGUGGGAAUUUUCGGCUCUUGUGUCAGUACAUAGAAUUUAUCCGGUCAUACCACAUAACAGCCUCACCACCAUACUAGCUCAAUGGCGAGAGCCGCCUUUCAACUUCGAGAAUACUCUUCCAUGGCUACCAGAUUUCAGCUCUGGCGUCACGCCAAAGCCAAUACACUCCCAUAACGACUACGAUCGAGAUAUACCUCUCUUCCGAGCACUUUCUGUCGGUUGUACAGGUGUAGAAGCUGAUAUUCACUAUAUUGAUGGUGAUCUGUUUGUCGGUCACAGAGUUCAGGACCUGGAACCGAUGCGAACUCUUGAAUCGCUUUAUCUUGAUCCCCUGAUGAGCAUCCUCCAAGCGCAGAACCAGAAGUUGCGUCAAAUCAAUAGCUCAGCACCUUUCAUUGGUGUCUUUGAUGACCAACCGCAAGAGUCGCUAGUGCUCCUCCUCGACUUUAAAACAAAUCCUGAACAAGCUUUACCGGCGGUCUUGGACAGGUUGAGGCGCUUUGAGGAUGCCAAGUAUUUGACUCGCUGGAACGGUUCAAACCUCGUACAGGGACCCAUCACAAUUGUCGCAUCGGGCUUCAUGUCUUGGCGUCCUGACCUGCAGAAUCAGACCCACGGAAUUGUCUUUCUAGAUGCGCCGCUUGAUGAUCUCGCCGACGAAAGAGCCACAUACGACAUAUCCAAUUCAUUUUACGCAUCUGCUCCUUUGCGUCCACUCGUGGGUAGGAUUGGUCUUUGGGGGAUGAGUAGAGCUCAAUACAAUAAAGUUGUCGGCCUAGUAAAGCAUGCACAUGAAAGAGGUCUUAAGCCUAGAUUUUGGGGCACUCCGUCUUGGCCAAUGAUGAGGCGUGACGAAGUAUGGAAGCAGCUUGUGCGUGCAGGAGUGGGGAUGCUCAAUGUUGACGACAUUAGAUCUGCUUCACUUUGGAACUGGAAUUGGUGCAAUACACCGGGAUCUCGAUUUUGUUAAACAGGGCUGUCUGAUUGCAUGCUAACGAUAGGAUCUUUCGUAUUAAACACGUAGGGCUAAAAGCAUGUUAAGAGUCCUACAUCUAACGGUUAUCCUCGCGUAUAGAGUUUAACGAAGCAUUAAGAGGCAUUGUAUGAUUACUGAAAACCCGAGCAAUGACUUAGAGUGCAUCUUUUUUUUUUCAGCU